CGCUGAAAUUUUUGGGUUUUGAGGACUGUUCUUUACUACAAGGAUUGAUUUGAUGAGUGUAUAGGGGAUGGGAUCUAAUCCUUCAAAGAAUGAAGUUGUCAAGAUUCGGAUUCCGUCUUCCAAAGGCAAAAGAGACGAGAGUGAUGAUUCCUUAUCUUCAAAGCCCAAUAUAACAAGUAAAGCAGAGGUUGAUGAACUAAAUGGAGAACUCAAUGCACUUAAGGUAGAGCUGAAAACACAGAAGGAACAGAAUGCUAAUUCAGAAGACUUAUCAUAUUCACUGCAGAAUCAGCUUGAUGAGAGAGAAAGAGAAAUACUGCUACUCAGGGAAGAAUUGGAUAGUCUACAAAGAAAGACUUCUAUAAGCACAAGGAGUGAUAAGGAUAUAGAAUGCGACAACACUGGUGUUGAAGAUAAAUGUGACAGAACAAUUUAUGCUAAAGAUCAGUAUAUUCAGACUCUGGAAGAAGAGCUAAAAAUGAUGAAAGAGCUCACAACCAAACAGGAUGAAAGAUAUCAAAGGAAACUCAAGAAAUUAAGGAGCUUGUUGUCCAAGUCAAAACAGGAUUCAUCUCUGAAGUUAUUUGAGCUCAAGGAUGAGAAAAGUAAAUUAGUUGAAGAAAAUACGAAAUUACAAGAGCGCAUCGAACGAAUGAGUCUUGAUUCUGGCGACUUUGGUCGUCAAGGCAGUGCAAGUAGCCAACGCUCAGUGCUAUCACGUGAUAAGGACAUCAAUGAAAACGUCACUGAAGACGUCAUCGAUAACCAUGAUGACCCGCGCAUGAAAUUGAUACUAGAACUAUCAGAACAAGUAGCGAAUCUGGACUCGGAAAAUUUAGCUUUAAAACGAGAGUUGAAACACUGUCGGAAAGUCGCCGAAAGAGUCGAGAAGUUACGCAUACAGAAGAAGCAAAAUAAGUCGUCUGAUAGAACUGAAAUUGUAUGUGUUGAUAAAGGCAGCUCGUCUUGGAAGGAGCCCCAGAGUAAUCAGGCCUGCCUAGAAAUUACUUGAGGGGAAAAGAAUUAUGAAGAUAGUAGACAUUUUAAUAUAUUCAAGAAAAAUUUCACUAUUUUUCAAAUUUUUAUAGAAUUUUGUAAAGUAUAUUUAAUACUGAAAUAUUCCUUCACUAAACAUUAGAGCUUAUCUUGCUCUUGGGAAGGAAAUUCUCACAAGUCUUCAAUAAAUGUCAAAUUAUUGGA